CCUGGACUCUCAGCCAAAGAAAUGAAAUUUCUAAUAGUAUUUUGAAAAAUACAAAAAAUCUAAGAAGAUACAUAUCAACCGGGUGGGGAAGUGAAAUAUUUCAUCUAUGUGGCUAAGAGCUUGGGUAACAGAAAAGUUCCUGCAACCAGAAUAGCAGCGAAUUUUUUCCGGGAGAGUGACGGUUAAAGCUCUGUAGAACGAGCAUUGCUCAUUUGUAUAACGGCUAACACACACACUCUGUGUAUCAGGUCUCCCGCUGUCACGACUCUCGCAUCGAAGAAUCGGAUCUGUAAAACGAAGAGCAAUAUCAGUCAGGUCCGGAUUCUAGAAGCAUUGCUUAGUUUAGUCUUCACAUCAGAUCGUAGGAGCUUGGGAAAGAAGCUAGAAAAAAAAAAAAAAUCUGAAAUCUCUGGGAUCAAGUGAGGCAUUUACGUCGAAGUCUUCAAAUUUGAGGAAAGUGAAACUGUUUGCGUACAAUGCGGUUUUACUGUUCCGAGAGAUUCUUCGAAUGCUUGGAUCUCGUCGUUCUCAGUUUCCAGCUUUUUGGAGUAUUCAACUGCUAGUUUGUGAUCCUGCCAAAAAUUUCAUGGCGGAACUCUAGUGUAGAUGCCUCUGGAGUUGGAAGUCAGUUCGUAUUACUGUUAAGAAUCUGCUGGAUUAGUUUUAUUCAUUUCAGAUCUCGACUUAGAAACCUUGCCAAACCCUAGAAGUUCAAAUCGGUGAUAACUUUCCUUAAGAACUGUCCUCUUUUGGCGGAGUUAGAGCUUCAAUUGUUCAGUUACAUUAGCAGUAUUAAACGAUGCCGACACUUCUUCAUCAAAGACAACAGCAGCAGCAGCUCUUGGAAAAUCCCUAUCCGAUUUCACCUAGUUCUGCAAGUGGUUACCGAAGAUCUAUCCCUCCUUUCGGCCGUACUGGUCUGCUUGUUUUGUUGUCUCUUACGGUAGUUCUAGGAGUUCUUUUUCCAUGGAUGCGUAUGUCGGAUGGCCUUUUUUCACGCAAUGAUGCCUCGAUUACAAAAUGGCGGGAUUAUACGCUUGCCGAAGCAGUGUCUUUCGUGGCAAAGAACGGAACCGUUAUAGUCUGUGCCGUGAGUCAACCUUAUCUUCCUUUUCUAAACAAUUGGUUGAUUAGCAUCGCCAGGCAGAAGCAUCAAGAAAAGGUCCUUGUGAUUGCCGAGGAUUAUGCGACUCUUUACAAGGUCAAUCAGAAGUGGCCUGGUCAUGCCAUACUUAUCCCCCCUGCACCCGAUGCUCAGACCGCCCAUAAAUUUGGUUCUCAGGGAUUCUUCAAUUUUACAUCCCGCAGACCUCGCCACCUGCUGCAGAUUUUGGAGCUUGGGUAUAAUGUUAUGUACAAUGAUGUUGAUAUGGUCUGGUUGGCAGACCCAUUUCCCUAUCUGCAAGGGUAUCAUGAUGUUUAUUUCACUGAUGACAUGGCUGCAUUUUAUUGUGUUGCUGCCAAAAGCUGUGGGUGCACAAUCUAUCUCUUCUUCCUUGAUCUCCUCUUGUUUCAGGUGAAACCUUUGAACCACUCUCAUGCAUUGCCAGCUCCUGGGAAGAAAGGGCGUACUUAUAUUUGCAGCUGUAUGAUUUUCCUGCAUCCCACUAGUGGAGCCAAACAAAUCAUGAGGAAAUGGAUUGAAGAACUUCAGGACCAGCCAUGGUCAAAAACAAAGAAGUCCAAUGAUCAGCCUGCAUUCAACUGGGCUUUAAAUAAAACAGCUGGGCUGGUGGAUCUGUAUUUGCUACCUCAGGUAGCAUUCCCAUCGGGAGGGUUGUAUUUCAAGAACCAGACAUGGGUCCAAGAGACCAAAGGAUUGCACGUCAUUAUUCACAAUAAUUACAUUACAGGUUUUGAGAAGAAGAUAAAACGUUUUCGCGAUUUCGGGCUUUGGUUGGUUGAUGACCAUUCUCUUGAGUCUCCACUUGCUACCCCAUUCUUGGAUGUACAAAGGGGUCCCAAAUGUUGCCAGCACCUCAGCCUCCUUUGAUUUUUACAUUUAAAGGAAUUCAAUGGUUGAUGCAAUUCAGCAGAUGCAAAGAGUGUUUUCAACUAUAAAUGUUGAGAAUUUUCCUUUCAAUCUUUGAAAGAAAGUUCAUUCAGAAUGACACUGGUGCGGGAGAUUAAACCCCAGGGGAUUGGUAAGCACGGAAGCACAUGGUUUUAUGCAAGUCAAAGUUGAGGAGUCCAGAUGUAAUUCAUAUGAAGCUUUAAUUAGGUUAAUCUGAAUCGGAUUAUUUAUUUUGAGUUCUCUUUCACUCUACAUCUGUAAGUUUUAAUGCUAUUUGGCUGGAAAUGAAAUGGAAGGACAGGAAAUGAGAUUAUUUUUUAA